AUGUCUAUGACCUGUGGAUGGAUGUACAAGAAAUUUAUCAACUACAAUGACAAGUCGAGUAAGCCAUCAUCAAGCAACAUCAACUCGAAGGCAAUUAAAAACAUAACUUUUAAAUUCAGGUAUUUAUACUUUUUUCUCAUACGUAUGCCUUUUUAAUACUCGCCUAUGUGUUUUAAAUUUAUGAAUGAUAUAUACAGUGAACUGAAUAUAUAAUAGUUUAUAUACAAGAUUUUAAUACUACUGCAUGUUCCUAUUUUCUAUUGUCACUGUAAAUAUUGGGCCUAUAAUUGGCCCUAUUGGCUAUACCCAUCAUAGAACUCAUGGCGGUAUUUGCUUUCCUGUCCUUGCUACCAUUUCAUCUCGAAUAUUUUUCUUGUUUUAUCUCUUGAAUUAUACUUUUAUAUGAUUUAUUACUUCAUAAAUUCCUAUAUGUAUUGGGCCAUUUAAAUAUAUACCCCCCCCCCCCUAUUGAGGGGUCGCUUCAUAAUCCCCUUAGGAUAUAAAAAUUUAGGACCCCCUUGGGUGUGAUUUUUUGAAGCUACCCAUGGUUAUAUUUAAACCCCCUUUAGGAUAUCAUCUUUGCCCCCUUGGAUAUCAGUAUGGAGUAUGGAGCCGUCGUUCGAGUAAGAGAGCUAAAAGAUGGAAACCAGUGAUUGUUGAGAAGAAUGACUGAGCUACAUUCCAAUUCUGAGUGCUCAUGUGUUGAAAGAGGCAAGCAAAGAGUUUCUGUAGAAAGUAAAACCAUCCACAUCUGAUCAAGAUCCAACAAAAAUAGCCCUAACAAUUGCCAGUCUACCUGCUCUGUCAACAGUGGAUUUUGUAAAAGAACGUACCACAAUAUUUUAGAUUACAGUAGAUAUACAACCUUUUCAGGCUUUUGAUAAUUACGUCAUUUGGCCUGGGAGCCUUGCUCUCAUGAAUCGUGAGCCAAUCACUUUGCAUAAUUUAUUAAUGAAAGCGAGGCUCCAAGACCAAAAAGUAUGUGUGGCAUAAUUAUCGAAAGCGUGUAUUGUCAGAACUACUGAGUACUUUGAUAAAAAAACAGUGCAUAAUACUUGCUCUGAAAAAAUGUAAACAGUCAUUUUAAAUUGUUUAUUUGUACAUUCAACUAAUAAAUUUCAGGAAUGAUCUCUCUUGAAGAUGACUACAAUUUAUUAGUGAAAACAUACAAAUAAACAAUUUUGAGGAUGUUUUUAAAAUGCUUCCAGAGAAAUUAUUGUGCUGUAUAUAAUUCUAUGGGUUUGUGUCAAAGAAACUAUGGGUGAAAUUUCAUAUAAGGAUCCCAAAAUGACAUCACAUAGGGUUGUGUAUGGGCUGGGUGAGAGUAAGGGUUAUAUUUUGGGAUUCUUAUAUAAAACUUCAUCUACAAUUAUGCCAACCUCGCAAGCCAGGGUCUUUAUACCUCCGCGGGCUACGGCAAAGACCCUGGUUGACACUGGUCACGUGACCACCCAGAUUCUGGGUGGUAUCUAAUAGGCGCCUCUUUUGCUACUUAGGGAGGAGUGGUAGGGUAAUAUGACGCUGGAAUAUAUAUAUAUAUAUACAUAAUAUAUAGUUAUAAAUAAUUAUAUAGUAAUACUGUUACAGUAAACAGUGGGUAAACUAUUGAUAUUUUAAACAUAAGAGGAGAUUUUUAAAACAAAAUAUUAUUUUAAAAUAUGUGGCGGCUUUUAAACUUAAAAGCUUUUUACUCCUUUUCGGCAAUUACAACGUUAGAGGAUCUUUCGCACCUUGACCUUGUCAGCCGGUAUUUCUUCAAAGAAACACCUAUCUGUAGAAAAUAAAUUACGAAGGCUAACGCGUAAACAAAUCAAUUCAGUUCUGAGUAGCUACAAGCCAUGGCUGAGCGAAAAGAAACACCAAAGAAAGUUUAUCCGAAAUCUGCUAUAGAUUCGGGAUGUAAGUGUCGUCUCUGUGGUGGGAUUUUCGAAAAAGCACGCUGUAAAAAUCUUUUUAAAAAGGGGAACGAAGGUCGCCUGCGAAGCGCAGAAAUUGUUAACGGUGGCGCCCUUAUCUGCGAGGAAGGAUUUCCUCAUCUUUUAUGUCGGGCUUGUGAUAGACGCUUGGAGAACUUUGAGAAGUUUAGAAAAGUUGUUCGUGACGUGCAAAAUGGUUUAACUCGGGAGAAAAGAUGUACUGGUUUAUCACCUUCCGCACCUGUAAGCAGAGCCAAAAGUUUGAGAUCUCAUAAUUUGGAUGCCCCGUCCCGUCGUGGCCUCUCCUUUAGUUCCAGUGGAAUCUCGAGCGAUACUAGUAUGCCGCAGUCAACGCCUGAUUCAGCAAGUCAGCCAUUCCAGGUAGGUUGUGAUUGAAAAAUGCACAGUAGUCAAUAUAGCGGUUUUAUAUACUCGGUUUAUACAAUCUUGUAUUUUCCAAAAACACGAUCGCUUAGCCUAUGAUUUACGUUUCUAUAAAAAUCUACAUCAUAUAAAUGAGUGUUUUUUUGUAGAUUAUCCUUCCGGUCCAACCUACAAGAACGGAUGAAUCAUUUUUUAAAGGAAUCUUGGACAAGAUAAAUGUAGAAUUGCGUGGUGUGGCUAGAAGGGACACGAAUUCGAUGCUUCGAAGUCGCAGUUUUGACAGGCUAAGCAACUUUUCGUACGAGCAGCUGGUAGAAGAAUUAAAGACCAUGUGUCCUAUUACAUAUAAACUAUUAGCUUGUAUGCUGGAAUUAGAAAAUUGUAGCGAGAAAAAGAUUGCUGCGCUAAGUUUGAUAUACGGGGUGAUUAUGUUCAAGAGGUGCAAGGAACUCGGCUUUAUCCAAAGCAUUAACACCAUUAUUCUGUCAGACAGCGGUGCGAACACCGAGGUACUGUAGCCUGAUUUUUUUGCAGGGCAGCGUUCUUAAUAAAAGCCGCGUUAGAUGUAUAAGAAGCAAUUUUGACUGAAAAUAAUUGCAACUUGCAAAACAAUAGUGAUGAUGUACUGUAUGUCAUUAAAACUGUGCUCAAACUGGCUGUUUAUUAGUACCGGUUAGUACCGGAGAUUUCUAAAUAUUAAUUGAACAUCUUGCCAGUUACAUUGCCGGAUGUUUAAUAACGGCCCAUUUAUUGUUUAUCUAAUAUGAAAAGUCUUAUAUUUUUUUUUUCAUGAGUUUUCUAUCCUGAAAAACAUUGUCAUUGAUACAGAAACAAUCUUGCUACCCAUUCAUUUUGUUUUUGCCUGCCUUUGGGAGGCAAAUUGUGCAUUUGUGCCUUCGCAAGAACUUUGGGCAAACAGGGAAACAAAAUAUUGCGAUUCACAAAGAUACAUUUCCUACUGUUACCACAACUAUAUUUCCUGUUUCGCCAGGGUAGAAGAAAAAUGUCCUUGUAUUAAUUUAAAACACGCGUGGGAGUGCUUUAGCAGAUAUAAAACGCGAGGUGGAAGCCAAACAUUUUACAUCUGAUAAAGCACGACUACAAGUGCUUUAAAUGGCUUAAAAAACGAUCCAUGUUUAUGAGUUCAUUGGCGAAGUAAUUUUCAAAAUCAACGUUUUUAAGCCGAGAACUGAUCAAAGCUAAAGUAACAUGAAAUUUUAUCACAUAUAUAAACACCAACAACAGGGUUGUAAUUUUCUUUGUUUUUUUUUUAGUUUUUUAAGUAAGUUUAAUCCCAAUGUAUGUGGAUAUGCUAAUCCUCGAUGCUAAUGCCUUUUCAAAUGCUUUUUCAUGUUUGAUUGUGCUUCAACUGCUUCAAAAGAAUAACUGUCUGUUUAAAACUUUUAAAUGUAAAUUUUAAUGUUUAAAUACCACAUACAAAUCACAUAAUUGCAAAUUUUUAGACCUAAUAGAUUGUUAAUUCAACUUUGUAUUUCUGAUUAAAUAUACAGUGUAUUAUAUUUUUACACUCUUUCCAGGAAUUAAUGUUGUUAUUCUUACAUUACUUUAUUUUCCUAUUCAGGUUUAUGAGAGGUUCAACAAACUUGGUAUAUGCUUUGAAAAGACAAUGAAGUACAAGAUUCAAGAUGAGAUUGGCACACAUUUCCUGGACAAGGUGGUUGAGCAAGUAAAGGCAGGAAACACUUUUUCAUUUGUCCUGGAUAACAUUGAUUGGGAAGUGAAGGUGCACGAAAUGCGAUCAGAUAAUCAAAACCAAAGUGUACAUGCUGUUGCAACAUCUUUGGUAUUUGAUCGUGUUUCGUGCAGCCAUUUAGAUGACACAGAGCCGCAGCAGUCUUUAGCCGAGACUGAUAUCAAACAGCUUGUCGAACUGAAUGUUAAUGAUGCUGAACAGCAGCGACAAAGUUACAAGAUGAUAGCAGCUAAAAUCCUAUGUGAGCAAAUCCCAGCAUUCAGCUUUCUUAAGACAUUGGUAAGCAACACCUACCCAUCUUUGAAAUAUGCAGCAGAAUUGAAAGGAAAAUCAACCAUUGUGCCAUUCCCAGUUCUUUUGAAAGAUGAAAAGAAGUAUGCGGACAUUGUUGAUGUCUUCGACCAGCUUGAAACAUGGGUCCAUGAAAUUUAUGCGAAAGCUGGUCAAAUUCCAGAUAGUGAUGGUUCGGUUGAUGAUGAGACUUCUUUGACUGUCGGUCCCACACAGGGUCUAUCUGAAUCUACCUCCCGACCUGACCAACCAUUAUCCCACGUCCAUCCUGUAGCUGAUCCAAAUGACCCAUUGGCUAAUGUUCGGGUGCCUUGCUAUGGUGAUCAGCUCACUCGGGUCCGAAUGGCUGGUGCAAAGGAUUUAAGGGCUGGAUGUCACAGUGCAAGGGAUAGAUUUAACCAUAUUCAUCCAAUAAAAGUUGCAGACUGGCAUUCAAAACGGAGUUUCUUGAAGGUGAGCAAGAAUUAUUAUGUCAAAAUGUCAUAAUCAAUAUUAUUUAACUGCUACUAACAUGUACAUUCUCCUACAGCCCACUUUCAGGGGGCUGUUAUAUUUGACUUGCUGUUUCUCUAGCCGUGUAUACAGCUGUGUUGUUCCAGUGAAAAAUUUCUGAAAAGCCCCAGCCAGUACAAGUCAACAAUAAUACCAUAUUCUCUCUGUUAAAUGAGCUCAGGGGGUUGGGGGAUUUUUUAGACCAUUUUGAGAGGGCUUAUUAAAGAGAGGGAUGGACCUUUUUGAGAGAGGGGGGCUUUUUUGGUAAAAUUAUAUGAUAAUUUUCUUUCAGCUCAAAGCAAUGUGUGUAAAACAACUAUUUAUUCUAACAAUUUUAACACAACUCUAAACGUUUUUGGAUGUUCAACUGUAUACUUUCCGACUUUUCAACUAUAUAUAAGUUUUAAGAUGUUCAUGACAAUGUAUUAAUUAAGCAUCAUGUUAUUUUUCCAAAAAGAAAAUAAAUUGGUAGAAAUCUUUACAUGAGGGGAGGGGCUUAAUAAAUUUCUUCACUUAAAAAGGACUCAUUAAUGGGGGGGGGGGCUAAAUGGAGAGGAUACAGUUAAUGUAGCCUGCGAACAGGCUCUUAGAAUUGAAGAGAUUUCAAAGAGAGCCUGUCCGCAGGCUACAGUUCAUGUUAACUAAAGUUAUUUCAUAAUUGUUAUAUACUUUUAUCAUUCCAGUUCAUAUUUAAGAAACUGUAUGGGAAAUCAGGGCGAGCAAAAGGUACAUUGAGAUUCUUCCGUGAGAAAUUACAACGUCGGAAUGUCACUAAGGACAUCAAGCAUUAUGAGGACUGUGAACAGUUGUUUCUUAGUGUGGGUAGAGCUUACACUGUCACAGCCUUGCUACACUUUUUUGGCAUGGCUGGUAUUGAUGAUCCUCCACAAAACCAUCUCUGUCCAUAUGAUGUCAUCCAUGGGGAUGGGGAUAAGCUGGAAUACCUUAACGCAGUCCUUGAUAAGUUUGUGGAUGAGUAUUUACUGGCCAAGACACAAGUUGAUCUUGAUCUUAACGAAGCAUCAGAUGAUUCUCCAGAUCAAGUAAGGGAAUAUUCACUGUGCCUUCUAAGAUUUUUCUUUAUAUUAGAAUGCAUUAGACAGGCAGUGAAGUCAGGCAAUGGUGACCAGCUAGCAGCUCUACGUAAGGUGUUACUCAAGCAUUUCAAAAGUGACCCCGGCCACAACACUUAUGCAAUUGAAAUGCUCAUCAGUAUUUUGCAAGAUGAAGUCUUCUUAACGAAGAGACAGGCUCAUCAAACUAG